AUGCGCUUCAGCAAGAGCGCUCUGUUCUCCUCCCUUGGGCUGUUGGCUUCCUCUACCUUCACCUCAGCCCAAUAUGUCAUCGAAUCGAAUUCUCUCAACACUUGUAUGGACAACUCGCAAUUCACAGCUGAUCUCUUCGACUUCACCCUCACUCCAUCGAACCAAAGCGCGAGCGUCGAAAUUAAUGGAUUCUCCUCGAUAUCAGGCAAUAUCGUUGCCAUAGUCCAGGUAAUUGCUUAUGGAUUCACCAUUGUUAACGAGACUGUUGACCCCUGCAAAAUGGAUCUACCUGGUUUUUGUCCCAUGACCAAAGGACCCUUUGCACUGGCACCCUCCACCAUUCCACUCGGUGAGGAUACCUUAAGCCAAGUUCCAAGCAUUGCAUAUACAGUACCCGAUCUUGAUGGUGUUGUUCGUCUGAGAGUCUAUUCCAUCAGUGAUUCUGGUGGCUUUGGAAACAUGGUUGCUUGUCUAGAAGCGGAUCUUUCAAACACCAAGAGCGUCUAUCAGAAGGCAGUUGGUUGGGUCACAGCCAUCAUUGCAGGUGCUGGCCUUAUCGCGGCUGGCAUUACCUCAGGUUUGGGAAAUACAAAUACAGCUGCUCACGUUGCUGCAAACGCUGUCUCUCUAUUUGGUGUCUUCCAAGCUCAAGCAAUCAUUGGCUUGACAUCUGUUACAAUGCCGCCUAUCGUUCAGGCAUGGACCCAAAAUUUUCAGUGGAGUAUGGGAAUCAUUCGUGUCAGUUUCCUGCAGACUCUUGCGACGUGGUACCAGAGAGCUACCGGAGGCACUCCAACUACUUACCUUUCUACCCUGAGCACUGUGUCUGUACAGGUAGAGAAGAAGAAGCGAGCUCUCAAACGAGGUUUAGAAGCUCUUGCUCCAGCUAUCACUUGGGGCUCGAGGAUGCUCUCAAAGCGCCAGAGCACUACCACUUCCAGCACUACAGACACCACCCUGAGGAACGUUAUCGUGCGAGGUAUUGACCGAGUCGGUUUCCGUGCGCACAUUGAGCAGACCAAUAUCUUCAUGACUGGCUUAAUAUUCUUCAUCGGCAUUCUCAUUAUUGCCUCGAUCUGUGUCGCCCUGGCGAAACUGAUUAUCGAAGGAUUCGCUAAAGCUGGCAUCAUGAAGUCUGACAAGUUCCGAGAUUUCAGACACGGCUGGAGAAUAGUGAUCAAAGGUAUUCUCUUCCGAUUGGUUCUUCUAGGUUUUGUGCAGAUGUCAAUCCUUUGCCUCUGGCAGCUCGUUGAGCGCGACUCAGUAGCCGAGAUUGUUCUAGCUCUUAUUGUUUUCCUCUCCAUGGCAACCGCUCUGGCUUGGGCUUCAUUCAGGGUCUUGACUCUGGCUAAGCGAUCGGUGCAGAUGCACAAAAAUCCAGCUUACAUCCUCUACUCCGACCCGACCUGCCUCAACAAAUGGGGUUUCCUCUACGUCUCAUACAAAGCGACCUCUUACUACUUCGUCAUCAUCCUCCUGGCCUAUAUCCUAGUCAAGGCAGUCUUUAUUGCUUUUGCACAGAGCUCGCCCAUUGCUCAGGCUGUUGGUCUGAUCGUCACAGAGGCCGCCUUCUUGAUCAUUGUGAGUGUGCUUCGACCCUGGAUGGACAAGAAGACGAACGUGUUUAAUAUCUCGAUCGCCGCCGUCAACUUCCUAAACGCCAUAUUCCUCCUAAUCUUCUCGAAUGCCUUUGGCCAACCACCGAUGGUUUCUGGAGUCAUGGGUGUGAUCUUUGCUGUUUACAAUAUCAUCUUCAUCUUCGUGUUACUAAUUAUGGUUCUUGUAUCUUCAAUCUACGCGAUUGCCUCGAAGAACCCCGAGACUAGAUAUCAACCAAUGCGUGAUGAUCGAGGAAGCUUCAUCAAGUCCCAAUCAGCUCUCACGACCGAGUUAGAUGCACUUGGUGCAACUGCUCGAGGCGAUGGCAAGGGUCCAUACACCGACAAGUCAAAAGAGCUGCAGGACGACACUUCGUCGACAGGCUCUUUGAACCACUCAACUGUGGAAUCAAACAGAAAUUUGUCAAGCCAGGCAUUGCAAGGCGGAAACGUAUAUGCGCCACAACACGCGCCUCCACCAUCGAUGUCUCCUGUUCCACCUCAAAUGCAGCAAACAUCAUCAGCCUACAAUUUAUCAAGACCGAAUACAUCUCCUGGCCCUCGAGCAUCGCCGCAAUCAUUCUCUAGGCCUAUGCCUGGCCAAUAUGGCCCUCCUCGAUCCGCACACUCCAACUAUCCUCCUCAAAACUUCAACAGACCACAAGAUCGUGCUACGAGUCCUUGGCAGAGAGGAGCAGGCUAUGAUUGA